UAGACUCUUUUAUAGCUCAAGCUGCAUUCUUUAUUCAAAUAGGCUUUGCUGUCUUAUUUAUCAAUUACAGGGGAUCGAUAGGCCUAGGUAAAGAUUAUGCUGAAUCAUUACUUGGUAACAUAGGCGAUGCUGAUGCCAAAGAUAUUUAUAAUGCAAUUCAAUCCAAUCCUAUGUGGUCCAAUAGGAAAUUGGUGUUAUUUGGUGGUUCACAUGGUGGUUUUUUGGUUACACAAUUAAGUGGACAGUAUCCAAAUACAUUUAAAGCUGUAUCAGCUAGAAAUCCAAAUAUUGAUUUACCAUCGCUUUUUAUUACUUCUGAUAUACCAUAUUGGGGUAUUACAGAAUGUGGUUUUAAUUACUCAGAAGUAGAUAGUUUGUCAAAUUCCAAAGAUGUUUUAAUGAAAUUAGCUGAUUGUUCGCCGUGCAAAAAUGUUCAUAAAGUUCAAGCUCCUACACUUUUAUUACUGGGUGAAAAAGAUUUACGCGUUCCUCCGUCUCAAGGUCUUGCAUAUUACCAUCUUCUUAAAAAGCAUGGUGUUACAGCUAGAGUGUUGAUGUACGAUGACUGCCAUUCAUUAAGCACUGUUGCUGCUGAAAUGGAUAGUUCAAUAAACUCUGUAUUAUGGUUUAAAAAAUAUACAGAUGAUGAUUCUGAAUAGCCAUAUUAGCAUAAUAGUAUAGUAUAGGUAUAAUUACUAGUAUUUAUAAUCAAUGGUAUUAAUUAUUUAUUCAUUGUUAUCUCUCAAAAAAAUGGGUGUAUUUUUGCCUAUGAUAGUAACCAGUAACUACUAAUUACAGUUAUCUUAGAUUACCGUGUAAUGAUAUUCUC